AUGAGCUCCUUGAUUGUUUCACUUGCAAAGAAAGGCAUAAUUAGGCCACCACGCAACAAAUACAAAUUAGAAACUCUCCCAACAAAGUUUAGCAUUGAAGGAUUUGGCGAAAUUGAGCGAGAAGAGCUUAAUUUUGUAAAUCUUCGUGGAUACACAAUAGCUGGCUCAUAUUACAAAGCACCAAACCCAGCUCCAGGAAAUCCUUGUGUAGUUUACAUGCAUGGAAAUGCAUCAAAUCAGCUUGAAGGCCGUUUUUGCGUUUCUUUAUUUCUUCCAAUUGGCAUAAACGUUUACUGUUUUGAUUUUGCUGGGUGCGGCUGUAGCCAAGGCGAUUUCGUUACACUUGGUCACUAUGAAGCUCAAGAUGCGAUUCUAGCUGUAGAAACAAUACAAGAAAGAUAUGACUGCCAAAAGAUUGCUUUCUGGGGUAGAGCAAUGGGCGCCGUCACAGCAUUUAUUGUUGCAUCAACAAGAAAAGAUAUCAAAGCGAUUAUUGCAGAUACUCCUUUUGCAUCGCUACACGAACUAUGCAUGAGAAUUGCAAAACAAAAGAAAAUACCAGAUUCAAUGUAUGAUUCACUUUGGCCUAAGAUCCGACAAAAAGUCUUAGAAGACACAGAGUUUGAUAUAGAAUCACUUAAUAUCAUAGAUUUAGCAGGAUUUUGCAUAACCCCUACAUUCUUCAUUCAUGGUAAUGAAGAUGAUUUCAUCCCUACAUCAAAUUCACAAAUCCUCUUCGAUUCUUUACCUACAGAUCAUAAAGAAAUCCAUAUAGUUCCAGGAUCUACCAAUGAUGACCGCCCACCAAAAAUCAUUACUGAUGCAACAAUUUUCAUUGCACAUUGGCUUGGAGUUGAAGUUGAAUUUGCCUAA